AUGUCUACAGGAACCCCAUCAGGAACGGCGCAGGCUCAGGCCACAGCAGAUGCCAACGCUCCUUCAUUCUCAUCCAUUGGGAUCAAGAGGACAAACAUUGAAUCUGCACCUGGUGUGAAUCUCUCCGAACAGCAGAAAGUGAUUGUUGGAUCUGUCCUUGAUCUUUUCGAGGGCAACCCAACGCUCAAGCACUUCAGCUUGUGGAACAAGGACGCCACCUUCACAGACAACAUCACCGUCGCAGCCGGCUACGCCAAGUACACGGCACAAUUCUACGGCCUCCCGGCACUGUUCAAGCCCAUCCAACUGCAGUCGCACAACGUCAAGUCGGCGGGCAAUCCCAUCGAGAUGGACAUGAGCAACAAGUACGUUGUGAAGGGCAUCAACCAGGAGAAGGUCAUGAACUCGGUCGUGCGAAUCCACGUCGGCCAGGACGGCAAGAUCGACAAGGUGGAGGACCGGUGGAACGGGGACCUGCCCUCCGGCGCUAUCAGUGAUGUGAGUGUUGAUCCUCGAAAAUGGUCCCUCAGCCCGUUCGCCGCCGUGCGCUGGGCUGUCCGGACCGGUGGCGAUUUCGCCUGGUGGGCUUUCUGCACGUUCAGCUGGUGGUCGCCUUUCCUGGCUUUCCGUAAGCUGAAUGCUGUGACAGUGCCCACGUUCGUCACGGUGCCCAAGAACGAGGAAGAGGAUAUGAAAAUGAAAGCUGAGCGGGAGAAGGAGUAG